AGCUUUAUUGUAUUUGAUUGAGAACUCGGGUUCCUUUCUUUCACGUCGUCAAGCCCGUCUCUGUCUUGGUCGAAAAGACAGAACCAACACAAGAACCUCUCUCCUGGGUCUGCUUCUCCGUCAAAGAUCCGUUAGACUUUUCGAUCAAAUCCGGAAAUGGAAGACGUAAUAACAGAGAUCCCUCCACCAUCAAGAUUCUUCCAAGAAGAUCUCAACAACUUUGUCUCGCCACCCGAUCCUCUUUCAUCCCCCUUCAUCAUCUUCUCCAACCCAAAGCCAGAGACGCCCCUUCGACCGUCCUUGCUCAUCAUAGCCAUAUCUUCACCAUCUCAAUACGUCUUCCACCAUUUAUCUGCUAAAAUCCUCAUUGGAGGUCUCAUCAUGCCUGAAAUCCCGUUUUCUGGGAACACCGUUGAACCCUCAUUAGGAGACAAAUCCUGCAAUAUAUAUUCCCUCAAUGGCACCAGAGAUUACUCGAUUCUCCUUGUAUCAGUUCAGCUCCCGGUAUCUCCUGAGAGGUCACACAUUGUCUCAAGGUUGCUCAUUGGUGAAGAAAUUAUCCCCGAAAGGGUUAUAAUCUUGGAUUCCAUUCAAAUCCGUAACUUCAGGGGCAGGCUCUCGCCCGAUAUGACGUGUGCAUAUAAGCUCGAGACAUCAUCCGAAAGAAAAGCAGCUCGUGACAGGAAUUCUAACUCGGGUCUUGCAAAUCUUGAAUACUUUCCAUCCGGGAGUGUGAUUGAUGGCUUAAGUGCUGCUCUUUUGAGCCGAUGUCAGAUAAAGAACGUCAAAGGAACCUUGGUCGUGUCGUGGCCCGAGUUUGGUCCCUCUUCUGCAAGACUUGUUGGAGCUCUGCUGAAGAAUUACAUCCCUGGUUUGGAAUCCGUUAUGGUCAGUGAAGACCUUGAGGGUUACUCUUCGAGAACUGGCCAGAAAUUGCAUUCCUGGGUCGAUUAUGAUCUGUAUGCCUGAUGGAUCGAUCUACUUUGCUAGGUAGCAAACAUAAUCUUUCCUGUUCUCUGCAUUGUGAUAGUUUAUCGAGUUUUUAGAACAGACAGAAACAUCAAGUGUGUUGCUCUUUUCUUGUCUCUUCCUAGUUCUUGUCAACUCAAAGUGAUGAUGCUGAGGUAAA